UGACAGCACGACCACAGUGAUUUCUUCUGCAACAGCCACUUCCUCUCCAACCCCAACUGAGAGUCCCACCACAGUGCCUACAUCUACAGAUCUCAGUUCCUCUCCUACUCCCACUGAUAAUGCCUCAGCAGUGCCUUCUUCUACAGAGGCCAUAUCCUCUCCAACAUCCACUGAUGGUGCCACCACAAUGUCUUCUUCGUCAGAGGCCAGUUCAUCUCCACCUUCCACUGACAGUGCUACCACGGUGCCUUCCUCUACAGAAGUCAGUUCAUCUCCAUCAUCCACUGAGAGUGCCACCACAGUUGUUUCUUCUACAGAGACCAGUUCCUCUCCAACUCCCACUGACAGUGCCAGUACAGUGACUUCUUCAACAGAGUCCAGUUCUUCUCCAACCCCCACUGAGACUGCCACCCUUGUGCCGACAUCUACAGAGCCCAGUUCCUCUUCAACUUUGACUGAUAGUGCCACAACAGUGUCUUCUUCUACAGAGGCCACUUCCUCUCCAACAUCCACUGAUGGUGCCACCACAAUGUCUUCUUCUUCAGAGGCCAGUUCGUCUGCAUCUUCCACUGACAGCGCUACCACAGUGCCUUCCUCUACAGAAGCCAGUUUGUCUCCAACAUCCAGUGAGAGUUCCACCACAGAGAUAUCUUCUACAGAGGCCACUUCCUCUCCAACCCCCACUGGCAGUGCUACCACAGUGACUUCUUUGACAGAGUCCAGUUCUUCUCCAACCCUUACUGAGAGUGCCACCCCUGUGCCUACAUCUACAGAGCCCAGUUCCUCCUCAAGUCCCACUGACAGUGCCACCACAAGGUCUUCGUUGACAGGAACCAGUUCCUCUCCAUCUUCUCCUGAGCCCAGUUCCUCUCCUACUCCUACUCCUACCCCAGUUCCUGAGCCCAGCUUUUCUCCAGAGCCCAGUUCCUCUCCUACUCCCACUGACAGUGCCAUCACAGGAUCUUCAUCAACAGGGGCCGGUUCCUCUCCAACUUCCACCAAUGGUGCCACCACAGUUCCUACAUUUUCACAGCCCAGUUCCUUUCCCACUUCCACUGACAGUGUCACCGCAGUGCCUUCCUCUACAGAAGCCAGUUCAUCUCCAACAUCCACUGAGAGUACCACCACAGUGAUUUCUUCUACAGAAGAUACUUCCUCCGCAAUCCCCACUGGCAGUGCCACCACAGUGACUUCUUUGACAGAGUCCAGUUCCUCUCCAACUUCCACUAACAGUGACACCCCAGUGCCUCCUUCUACACAGGCCACUUCCUCUCCAACUCCCACUCACAGUGCCACCACAGUGCCUUCUUCUACAGAGGUCACUUCCUCUCCAACUCCCACUGAGAAUGCCACCACACUGCCUUCCUCAACAGAGCCAAGUUCUUCUCCAACUCCCACUGAUGGUGCCACCACAGUGCCUACAUCUACAGAGGUAACUUCAUCUCCAGCUUCCACUGAUAGCGCCACCACAGUACCUUCUUCGACAGACGCCACUUCUUCUCCAACUUUCCCUGUCAGUGCCACCACAGAGUCUCCUUCUGCAGAGGCCAGUUCCUCUCCAUCUCCCACUGACAGUGCCAUGACUGUGCCUUCUUCUACUGAGGCCACUUCAUAUCCAACUUCCACUGACAGUGCCACCACAAUGCCUUAUUCUACAGAGGCCACUUCUUCUACAACUUCCAGUGAAAUUGCCACCACAGUGCCUUCCUCUACAGAAGUCAGUUCCUCUCCAACUUCUGCUGACAGUGCCACCACAGUGCCUUCUUCUCCAGAAGCCAGCAUGUCACCAACUUCUGUUGACAGUGCUAUCACAUUACCUUCUUCUACAGAAGCCAGUGUGUCACCAACUUUUGCUGAAAGUGCCACCACUCUUCCCUCUUCCACAGUGGCUACACCGUCUCCAACUCCUCCUGACAGUGCCUCCACAGUGCCAGCUUCCACAGGGGCUCAUACAUCCCCAACACCCUCCCCUGGCAAUAUCACUAUAUCAGCAACUUCCAUCGGGGGCCACACUUCCCCAACAUCUUCUGUAGGCAGCACACUUUCAACAAGUGCUUCUCACACCACCUUACCUGUAUCCAUUCCUGGUCACUCCAGUUCUGCAACAACUUCUGCCUCCUUUACAUCUGUGACUCCUGAGGUUGUUACUACCACUACUCUGUCCAUCUCGAUCUCUGGGACAACACCCAGCACACAGAGGAGUACCUACACCACAGUCCCGGUUGUCUCCACUAGCUCGACCACUGUUACAAGCAGCACCCCUACCCCAACAUCUACUGCUCCAGCAACCACACCAAUGAUCUGCUUAAAUGGAGGAACAUGGGAUGGGAAGAUCUGUAUUUGCCCCACCGGUUUCCAAGGAGACCAGUGCCAGCAAGAGAUCAUGCUCUGCCAGAAUGAAGGCUACUGGGAUGGAAUCAAGUGCGUGUGCCCUGGCCUCUUCCAGGGGCCAAGGUGCGAGGAUGUAGUCCCGAGCAUUGAGAUGGAGCCUCCGCCGGAGACCGUCUCUGCCCAGGUAGACAUGACCGUGACAGUGACCAGUAUGGAGUUUACCAAAGACCUAGAAGACCGGACUUCUGAAGCAUUCAAAAACUUCAGUGACAUAUUCGAAGAAGAGAUGAAAACUGUUUACAAAGGAAUCCCUGAGUAUGACGGAGUCAACAUCACAAAGCUGUCUGCUGGCAGUGUGGUGGUGGAACAUGAAGUCCUCCUGAAGGCCAAGUUCACCCCAGAAUACAAGGAAGUUUUGGAUAAGGUCACCCAGGAGGUGACAGAAAAAAUCCAGAAUGUAACCAAAGAACAAAUAAGCAUAAAUAAUAUCUGCAAAAGCAAACUGUGUUUCAACACGACUGCCACUAAGGUGUACAACAUCACAGUUACCCAAUACGACCCUGAAAAGGAAUGCCAGAAGAAGGCUGGGAAAGAAUAUGCUGCCUACUUCUUCGUGGAGUACAAGAAUGAGAAACCAAACUGCAUCAACCGCUGCAUGCCAGGCUUCAACAACUCCAUGGACUGCCACUCUGGGAAGUGCCAGCUAGAGACGAAUGGUCCUCGGUGUUACUGCCUGAACACAGACACUCACUGGUACAGUGGAGAAACCUGUGAGUUCAGCACCAAGAAGAACCUGGUGUUUGGGUUGGUGGGGGCAGCCUUCGCCGUGGUGCUAGUCGCCCUUGCUGUUCUCUUGCUGUUCAUGUUCCGUUCCAAGAAAGAGGUGAACAGGCAAAAGUAUAAAGUGACUCAGUUGUACAAGUGGCAUGAAGAAGAUGGAGGACCGGAACCUGGGACCUUCCAAAACAUUGGCUUUGACAUCUAUGAAGAUCAAGAGGACUCCAUCCACUUGGACACCAUUUAUAAUAACUUCCAACCCUCCUUGGACCACAUAGACUCUGAAACAAAGAUCAAAAUUCAGAGGCCCCAUGUGAUGAUGACAUCGAUUUAAGGCAAAGGCAGUUUCAUGUGGAGCUGGGAGUGAGGAAAUCUCACUUUGGCUAAGCCUGGUGGAACAUUUCCCCAUUGAGAGCAUUCCAUGGAACCUGAUGAAAACAAAACCCGCACCAAGGAGGAAAAGGAGAGAGACCACACUGCUGGCAAACUCUCAAAACACCAUGGAGAAACUCCUGUGGGCUUGUCAUGAUCUCAGGCGAGGCCCUCCUGUUCACACAGGGAAGUUCUUCCUCCCUCCUGCCUUGCUUCAGCACCAAGGACAGCACCCAAAACCAACAGCUUGUAGUGGUGCUCACUUAAACACGGAACUGAACUUUACAUUAUACAAAACGCUCUUGCAAGAUUUAUUGCCCCUCAUCUUCAUGAAAAACAUGCUUUAAAACAUUGAGAAUUUUCUUUGAAUAUGUAGGAUUAUUAGUAUUUCUAAAGUUCUAAUAUUUAUCUAUAGG